UUUGAAGGUAACCCGUCAAGAACACUUACAGUUUUCACAAUGAAGGUGAUGUUCAUGCUUGCUCUCCUUUUCAGCUCUCUCGUUGCAACCAGUGCCUUCCGACUUCCAUUCCAGUUUUUCGGAGCUAAUGAAGACUUCAACAGUGGAUUGACAAAACGCAACUACUACGAGUCGAAGCCCUACAAAAGAGAGUUUAACGCCGACGAUUUAACCCUUCGUUUCGGAAAGCGCGGAGGAGCUGGUGAACCGUUGGCUUUUUCGCCGGAUAUGCUUUCACUCCGCUUUGGAAAGUAGUUAUUGACAAAAACUUAUCAGUGACGAAAAAACAAUGAUAUGAUCUCUUUGUAUACCACUCUCUCGUUUUCUUUUCUCUUGGUUGGACGACGCUUAGUUACGAUGCCUAAUAAAGUUUUUUUUGUUAA